AUGGCUGCGCUUGCUGAGCGACAAAAUACUACCGCGCUGGUUUCUAAUACUAUUGAUAUGGUAUUUGGUCACCAAAGACGUGGACCAGACCCUGAAAACUCGUCUGAAAAAGAUUAUAGGAAUGAGGUGCUAUAUGUAAUUAAUUAUUUUCAGACUCAACUAACUGGAUCACGCACCAGCAUACAAAAGUUCCCGCAAUAUUAUCCAAGUUCGAUGUUACCGCCGCCGCCACCUGCUCCUAUGGCCAGACCAGUAGCAAUAAUAAGAUCAACAGGUGAGUUAGCAGUGACAACUGCUAACUCGCCACCAACAUCGUCACCUACGGAUCCAGCCGAGCUAGGGCCUAAUCAGGAACAGAUGACUACCGCAGCGGCAGUUGGACUCGUCGGUUCUGCUUGCCAGAAUUCUGUCGAACCCGUUGGACGAAAGAGCCCCACCAGAAUUCUCGUUACACCGCAUACCUCCAACAGGGAAUAUACAUUUGCUCAUUUUCAUUCGCAACCUGGUCAGCAAAUCUUCACGUAUCCAACCAUUAGCUCGAUGUCUGGAGUAAUUUCGCCGACUAACUUAUCUCUAUUCUCGUCUCCUGUUUCGGUAACGAGACCGGUAGCAACACAAAGGUCGGUCACUAAUAUCCCACCACGUUGGAAUACUGCGCCAUUCAUCAAUUUGGAAGACGAUUAUAACAUGAUUGCACCGAUUAUCACUGGAACAAGCAGUGAGCCAUCAGCCACUAUAGAAGAAGAACGAUAUUUUCAUCCUGUGCAUACGAGUGGCGUGGUAGAUAAAAAUGGCAGUGGUAAUUUAAUAAGCAGUGAACUUGGAGUAAACACAGAUUCAUCACAUCAUCACCAACAACAGCAGCAGCAUCCGCAGCAACAACAGCAACAACAGCAGCAGCAGCAGCAGCAGCAAGUACAGCAAUCAUCUUCGCAACAGCAACAGCAGCAAAUAAUAGCAGAUAAAUGCAGCGGGUCCAAGUCUCCUCCGUGACAGUGGAGUCGAAGAAUGGAAAAUCUUGAAAAACUCACGAACUCGCCAUGUUUGUUAGAAUCGAUAAUUAGUAUUACAUAUAAUAAUUGCCGAAGUCACAUCCGAAGUCGAAUUCGAGAGCAAUUGUCAGGAAAUUAUGCCUCAUAUUCAAUUAUGUAAUUUAAACUUACGAAGAAUAGAAUGCUUAAAAGUUCGAUCUUAAUUUAUGUAUUAUAAAGUAAGAGAAUAUGAAGAAUGCUUUUCAAGGAAUGCAACUAAGAAGGAAAAAAUCCAUUGAUUCAUAUUUUAUUAGGAUAAAUUAAUAUAUAAUAUAAAAUAUAUGCUAGGAUAGAUUAAUACAUAAUAUGAAGUUUCGUAUUGUGAAACAAUCCAUUCUAACUAAUAUUGUAUAGUUUAUCGUGCGAUACAAUUUGCGAUGCUUAAAGUGUGCUAUGAUACACAACUUAAGCAGUAAGACACGAACAGUAAGCAAAUCAAUAUUUGGAUUUGCCACAGCUUACGUUUAAUGAUCUCUACUGUGAUAAGCUCAUUUGCUUACUGCUUAUGUUUUACUGUUUAAGUGUUUUUGUGUACUAUACAGCCUUUAAUGCAGUCAUAAGUUAACAUCGCCGUGUAUGCCUUAUUCUGUUUGAGAACAGAAACUUGUUUACAUAUAGUAGCUACAACAAUAUUAUUUAAGUUAUAAAUGUAACGUAUUUAGAUAAAACGACAAAUUUUUAAAUUUUCAAUAUUAUAUAAACAAUUGGACAUGAUAGUGGAGUAUUGUGGCAUAUUGCUUUACAUGAUUGUGGAUUAUUGUAAAACGUUUGAUUUGUAGUCAACUACAUAAAGCCUGUAUCAAUCGAUAUACGAUCCAUGACGAAUAAUAGACUAAAUUGUUUUUUUUUCA